AUGAGGAGAACAUCAGUCUCGCUGCCUACGAAACAAGCAGCCCGUGACCCUCACGAGAAGCCCGCCCGAUACGAGUCCGGUCACCAUCACCGGGCUGAUAACAGAGGCGGCAUCCUGGAGAAGCUACAGCAAGCCGCGUGGAUGAAUCAGGCACAAAAGGCUAGGUGGUUGAAGACCACGGCGAUAGUGGUGUUUUUGGUCUUCCUCUUCUACUUCCUGUCGCCCAAGGGCGCCGAUAUUUACCAAGAGAGCAGUACUUCGGUCUCGAGUAAGUCAAACAUUGAUGUACUGUCUACGAAUCAAGCUAACUUGUUGGCCUUCUUCUCAGGCUCGAAAUCGUCUGGCGGUCAAACGCCUUCUGACUCUAGCUAUGGCACCAAAGAGUGUACCAAGUCGUUCUCGAAGGACAAGCCCAUUGUUCAAUAUGUCGUCAUGAUUGACGCUGGCAGCACUGGUUCCCGAAUCCACGUGUACAAGUUCAACAACUGCGGACCGACGCCCGAGCUCGAGGGCCCCGAGGGCUUCAAGAUGACCGAGAAGAGCGUUGGUGGUCUGAGCAAGUACAAGGACGACCCUCAGGCUGGUGCCCAGACCCUGGAUGCUCUCUUGGCCGUGGCCAUGGAGAUGGUCCCCGACAAGCUGAAGGGAUGUACUCCGAUCGCUGUCAAGGCCACUGCUGGUCUGCGUAUGAUUGGUGCCGAGGCUGCUGAGAAGAUUCUGGAGACUGUUCGCAACCACCUUGAGACCAAGUACCCCUUCCCUGUUGUCUCCAAGGAGGAGAACGGUGUUGCCAUCAUGGACGGUUCCGACGAGGGUGUUUAUGCUUGGAUCACUACCAACUACCUGCUUGGAAAGAUCGGCGGCCCCGAGGAGAGCCCUACCGCAGCUGUUUUCGAUCUUGGUGGUGGCUCUACGCAGAUCGUCUUCGAGCCAACCUUCAAGGGAGUCCCCGGUGCCGGUAUGCCCCAGCACAUGGAGGAGGGCGACCACAAGUAUAAGCUCAACUUUGGCGGUCGCAACUUUGAGCUGUACCAGCACUCCCAUCUGGGAUACGGUUUGAUGGCUGCUCGCAACGCUAUCCACCUGACUCUGCUCAACGAUAUCGCCAAGGGCUACGAUGGCAAGGAGUGGCUCCACAAGCCCAUCAUUAACCCGUGCAUCAAUGCUGGCCAGAGCGACACCGUCACCGUUGAUCUUGGUGACAGCUCCUCCCUCGGCUCCGGCAAGAUCGAGCUCAACAUGACUGGUCCCUCCGUUCCCGCUCCGGCGCAGUGUCGCCAGCUUGCCGAGCGCAUCCUGAACAAGGACGCCGCCUGUGCUCUGGCACCCUGCUCCUUCAACGGUAUCCACCAGCCUUCUCUCGGCAAGACUUUUGCCAAGGAGGAUGUCUACGUCUUCUCCUUCUUCUACGACCGCGUCAAGCCCCUCGGCAUGCCCGACUCCUUCACGCUUCGCGAACUGCACGAUCUCACCAGCACCGUCUGUGCUGGCGAGUCUCAGUGGGAUGUAUUCCGCAGCAUCCCGGGUGCUCUGGAUGAGCUCAGAGACCGUGGCGAGAGCUGCUUGGAUCUCAGCUUCAUGGUUGGCCUCCUGCACACUGGCUAUGACAUGCCCAUUGACCGCGAGGUGUUUACUGCCAAGAAGAUCAAGAACAACGAGUUGGGCUGGUGCUUGGGUGCUAGUCUGCCUCUUCUUGCCAAGAACUCUGGCUGGCAAUGCAAGGUCUCCGAGAUUCACUAG